GCCUCACCCUCAGCCUCACAUUAUUUUUCUUUAUUAUUAUUUUCUCUAAUAAUUAUUAACAUAAUUGCCUCUCCCUCUUCUUCCUCCUCCUCCCCCUCCUCCUCCACCUCCACUUUCAUUAGGCACAGGUGAUUUAACUGGAUAUCAUUUACUGAAUGGCUUGUUAAGCCUGCAGCAGCUUGGAAUACUUUUAAACAAGUAUGUUGUGCUGCGGAGGUGCAGAGGAGGAGAGCAGUGGCCCGCCUGCCAACCAAGCCACCACUGCACCGCCUCGAGGGGGAAACACAUACGGUGGAGGAGGCAAUGACAGAGGAGAGCCAAGGGGCAAUGCUGCCAAGACUGGUGCUCCACAGAAAGUGCUGCCAAUUGAGAUUCCAUCUAUGCCAUUGGAUGAGUUAAAUAGGUUAACAGGAAACUUUGGUUCCAAGUCUUUCAUUGGAGAAGGUUCCUAUGGACGGGUUUACUAUGCAAAAUUGGAUGAUGGAACAGAUGCUGCAAUCAAGAAGCUGGAUACCAGUUCUUCAACAGAAUCUGACACUGAUUUCACAGCUCAGUUAUCAGUUGUUUCAAGACUGAAGCAUGAUAAUUUUGUGGAGAUGAUUGGAUACUGUCUAGAGGCAAAUAACAAAAUCUUGAUUUAUCAAUAUGCAAGUCUUGGUUCUUUGCAUGACAUAUUACACGGAAGGAAGGGUGUACAAGGGGCUGAACCAGGUCCAGUUUUAAGCUGGAAUCAGAGAGCGAAAAUCGCGUUUGGUGCGGCAAAAGGACUUGAGUAUCUUCAUGAAAAGUGUCAGCCUUCUAUAGUUCACCGUGAUGUUAGAUCCAGCAAUGUAUUACUCUUCAAUGACUAUGACGCCAAGAUUGCAGAUUUCAGCUUGACAAACCAGUCUUCUGACACCGCGGCUCGCCUACAUUCAACAAGAGUGUUGGGAACAUUUGGCUAUCAUGCUCCAGAGUAUGCAAUGACUGGACAGAUAACACAGAAGAGUGAUGUUUACAGUUUCGGAGUUGUGCUUUUAGAGCUCUUAACAGGAAGAAAGCCAGUAGAUCACACAAUGCCCAAAGGGCAACAAAGUCUUGUAACUUGGGCAACUCCAAGGUUGAGUGAGGACAAAGUGAAACAAUGUGUGGAUCCUAAGCUAAACGAUGACUAUCCCCCAAAGGCAGUUGCUAAGUUGGCAGCGGUUGCAGCACUUUGUGUUCAGUAUGAAGCAGAUUUCAGGCCAAACAUGACUAUUGUAGUCAAAGCUCUCCAGCCACUUCUGAAUGCAAAACCUGGUCCUGAAGCAAAUGCUUGAUAAUUACAAUUACCAAGAGUGACCAUUUUUUCUUCUUUUUUGCAAUUUGUGACUCUAAAUUAUUUCUAAUCUCGUUUUCAUUGUUCUAGUAGAGAUUGUAUUAAUCUAUGAAAAAUUGCAAAUGAUGAUUUUUAGUCUGCUUCUACAUA